AAUAUUACCUUAAACUCCCCUAAAAUAACCUCCUCCUCUUCUUCAUUCUCUCCUCAACCUUUCCUAACUACAUUUCUUUUCUUUUCUUUUCUUCUUGCAUGCCCUCUAUGAGCUUGUUGGCGUCUUCUCCCUCGGGCCUCAUGGCCAAACCGCCCUCGGUCGCCCGACUCAAGCCUCACCUCCCCUUCCUCACUGUCGUCCUCUGUGCCUUUGCCUUCCUUGCUCUCUUCUACACCGAGCGCAUCACUUUCUUCUCUUCCGCCUCCAUUUUUAAACUCAAGUCCUGUCCUCGAAAAUCCACCCCUUUCAAGACAAGGGAGAAGCCAAAGGCAGAGGAGCAGUGGAGAGACCCAUUGAUGGACGACCGGUUCGAGUUUGACCCAGAGGAAUGCAGCGUAGUGAACGGGAAGUGGGUCUUUAACAGGUCGAUCAAGCCGUUGUACACGGACGAAUCGUGCCCGUAUCUAGACCGGCAAGUGUCAUGCGUGAAGAACGGACGGGAGGAUUCGGAUUACCGGCAUUGGGAGUGGCAACCAGAUGAAUGCAGAUUGCCAAGAUUUAAUGCAGAAAUUGCACUGAAAAAGCUUAGAGGGAAGAGGCUAAUGUUCGUUGGGGAUUCAUUACAGCGUGGGCAAUGGCAAUCACUUGUUUGUAUGGUUGAGUGGAUGAUUCCUGAAGAUCAAAAAUCUCUCAAGCGAGGCCGAUUUCACUCUGUUUUUACUAUUAAGGAAUACAAGGCUACAAUAGAGUUCUAUUGGGCUCCAUUUCUAGUGCACUCAAAUUCAGACAAUCCCAUCAUUGGAGAUCCAAGGCAAAGAAUAUUGAGAGUGGACUCGGUUGCAAACCACUCCAAGCAUUGGACUAAUGUUGACAUUCUUGUCUUCAAUACCUACGUUUGGUGGAUGAGUGGCGUUAGAAUUAAAUCCUUAUGGGGAUCGUUUGAGAAUGGAGAAGAAGGAUAUGAAGAAUUUGAUACACCAAUUGCAUAUACAAUGGGAUUAAAGACUUGGGCCAAUUGGGUUGACUCAAAUGUCAAUCCCAAUAUCACACGUGUCUUCUUUACAACUAUGUCUCCAACUCACACAAGGAGUAUGGAUUGGGGGAGAGUGAAUGGGAGCAAAUGCUUCAACGAAACAAAGCCAAUCAAAAACAAGAAAUUUUGGGGGAGCGGAGCCGAUAAAGGAAUAAUGAGUGUGGUCUCUAAAAUAGUUCACAAAAUGAAAGUUCCGGUCACUUUUAUCAACAUUACCCAGCUUUCUGACUACCGUAUCGACGCCCAUUCCUCCAUCUUCACCGAAACCGGCGGCAAGUUACUCACGCCGGAGCAAAAAGCCGAUCCUCUUCACCACGCCGACUGCAUCCACUGGUGCCUUCCCGGCGUUCCCGAUACUUGGAAUCAAAUUCUUUUCGCACAUUUGUAAUAUUAAAGUUAUAAAACCAAACCAAAUUAAACAAGAGUUUGAGUCCCUUUUGGCAAAAGAAAAAACUUUGUACCAAGUCUUGGGAGGAUCAAAUGCAAAUUAAUUUUUCUUUCGAGGCUUUUUCUUUUAUGGUAUAUGAUAAGGAAUUUGAAAUAUGGUUUGUCAAAAUGUGUAAAUUAUUUAUUUAUUGAAAAGGGUUAUAUUUUUAAUUGA